UAGCCCGGGACUUACUGUAGAAAACAAAAUCUUGUAAAAACUGCGGCUGCUACGUUCCUGCCAUAAGUUAAUUAUUGAUUGACGCUAGCUGUUUCAUCACAAUCUAUUUUUUUAUAUCAUCGAACUCACAAGUCCCAAUCCAAGAAAAUUUGUAUCCAAAAUGUAUUGUGUAGGAUUUCUGGAACCAUUUAUCAGAAUGACAGGAGGAAGCGAAACUGCUUUUCUGGACAUGAUGGCCUAUUUCAUGAUGCUGUGCGGGUUCCUUGCUGGGGUGGUUACUUCCUCAGGGAUCCCCACCCCUUACGGCCGAUACACGAGUCCGAAGUUUGGCUGGGGGCUAGAGAGUCGCACCGCCUGGUUCAUUCAAGAGUUGCCAGCAUUCGCCGUUCCUGUUCUCUUGAUUGUGUUUUGCAAUUGUCAAUAUAGUUCAUCGCUUCCUAAUUCCAUCCUUGUUGGUUUAUUCUUAACACAUUAUUUCCAAAGGACAUUUCUGUUUUCACUGCUUAUACGUGGAGGAAAAGUUACGCCCCUCAUCCCAUUUUUACUAGCUACUGCCUUCUGUAGUUAUAAUGGUUUCAUGCAGGGUCGAUAUCUCACACAGUAUGCAGUUUAUAGUCAAGAAUGGAUGAAAGAUCCAAGAUUUAUCCUUGGAUCACUUGUGUUUGUGACGGGUAUGGCAAUCAACAUUCAUUCUGAUUACAUUCUGAGGAACCUACGCAAACCUGGAGAGACGGGAUACAAAAUACCAAGUGGUGGUAUGUUUGACUAUGUCUCUGGAGCUAACUUCUUUGGUGAGAUAGUUGAAUGGAGCGGGUUUGCUGUAGCCUGUUGGUCUCUACAGGGUCUUGCGUUUGCAUGCUUCACAUUCUGUGUCCUUACACCAAGAGCACGGCAGCAUCAUAUGUAUUAUCUAGAGAAGUUUGAGGACUACCCAAAGUCUAGGAAAGCAGUCAUACCAUUCAUUCUCUGAAGGAUCCAGCCUAGAGACUCUCACCAGUGGACUAUCAAGUCUUCUAUCCUUGUGAGACAACAAUAUUUAUGAUCGAUGAUAAGUGGAAAAUUACCAAAGAAAUAGGCGUUAACAUGGACAGAAUAUUUAUGAAUUGAGAUUUUUUAGUGAUGCAGGAAGAAUUCUUAUGGACGUGUUUUCAUCAUAGAGCAAUGCAGAGGAAAAACAUAUCCGGAGGCUAAUGUUGAGCUCCACGCCCAAAUUAUGCUAGUGUACAUGAGAACCUAUGGAAAUUCUGUAGCUCUUUUAAAAAGCUUUCCAAGGCCUUCAGGGCAUUUAUUAGGCAAAGUCUCACCAAGCCUCUGUGUAUUUUUUUUUCUUGGAGUGAUGGUCGAAAUCAAGCACUGACCAGUUGUGACCAUUCAAAAUUGUGAUACUGAGAAGAGCUCCUGGCCCACAGUGAUUGAUCAUAGGGCUACUUAUAUGCUUGAUUACAUUAAUUAUUGUUUGCAAUCAUACAACCAAAUCAACUGUAUGAUCAAUUGUAAAGCUUUGUGUUAAUUGCCCUGUUCUGUCUACUACAUGGCAGUAUUAUGGUCCAGGAUAGUCAAUGACUGACAUGAAAUUACUCUCGACUGCUAUUGUUUGAGUACUUUUAAAAAUUUCUUUCACCUUCAAUCUGAAUUUGAUUUGUGUUUUUUUUUUGUAGUUGAGCUAUUUGAAUGUUCUGAAUAUUAAGAAACAAAUCUAAUUUUCAAAAGUGAGUCUAGAAAACUGAAACCCAAUCAUGCAAAAAAUACUAUGCAAAUUCUAUUUAGGAUGAUUAGAAAGGCAUUCUUUUUGUUGUUUCUCAUUUAUUAUUUUUUCAACUGAAUUUAUCUGGCAGAUAUUCUUCAACAUUCCUCUGCAAGUUUGGCAAUUUCAUUUUAGCAAUGUAAUUCUUUCACAAAUAUUUGUAGAGUUUGUGUGCCUGAUUGUCAUUUUUAGUAUUUAAUAUUAUGGACAUGAUAUGUCUGUUCAAUCUUCUGAAUGUUUUCAUUCCAACAUAUUAGUACUUAUAUUCAUGAUAUUUAUGGUAUAUCACUAUGGUGAAGAGUUACCAGAGAAUGGAAACCAUUUUAUAGGGAAAAAAGUGUUUGAAAGGACAAAGCAUGAAAAAAAAUGCAAUACUGAGUAUUACUUGUACUUGUGCAAUUCCUGUUUGUAUAAGCUUCAUUUGAUUUAAGGAUUUGGUGGGGGGUGGGGAUGGUAAUGUUUUUAUAAUUUCAAUCAAUCAUAAGUGCACAUUUUGUAAUUCUGCUUGUAUCUUUUUAGUUGCUUUUUAGACUAAAAUCUUUCUGCUAAUAGACAAGAUUGUGUAUUAUACAAAUCUAAAAUGAAUUGAUUACUCAUUAGUGGGGGACAGGAAUUCACUCUUGGACACUUCAACCCACAGCUCCUCAUCGUGAUACAGAGUUUUAAAGGGAAACUACUGCUACAGUCACGAAAUUGAAUAACAUAAGUACUGCCUGAAAGUCAUUGAAAAAUGUUGCCCAUGAUGCAUCAAAGAAUUAGCCUAUGCUGCAAGAUCUUCGGGAAUCAUCACAAUGAUGAGUAGAAGUGGACCAAAUCUGCUGAGGGUAACUUUGACUGUACAUAGAAAUGCAUGGAUGGGACUAUACUGAAUGUUUCAGCUGUUUCGACUGGUAGCUCGAAUGUGAUUAAGGCAUGUGAGGAGCAACCCAUUUGCAAUUUACCUUUUUACUAAUUUCUUCCUGAAUAUUUAUGAAAGAGCUUGAAUAAAUCACAAUAAUUGUUUUCAUCUUUUAUAUAGGUUAAAGCCAACGGUUAAAAUCACUUUUAUUUCAUUUAGAAGGGUUCCUAAUACGUUCCAUCCAAGUUAUCUGACUAUUUUUUUGUUUACAAUUACAUAUGCCUCUUCGGUAAAGAAUUACGUAUAGAUUGCUUUCCAUAAUUGUUAUUAAUUAUAUCAUUUGAAAUUCUUUGUAGAGUUCCUGUGUGAACAAAAAAGGAACAUGAUGUUUGGUCAAAACAAUGCAAGUAUGUUUCAAUGUUUAGAGAAUGAACAGACAUAAUUGGAUGAAGAUGUCGCUGGCUUCCAUAGUUGAGAUUGAUUGUAUCAAUCGCAAAUCUUUGUUUGAUGUGACUCAGGGUGGUGAAUAAAAAAUAGAUCCUAUUAA